UGUUGGUUUUCCCUCGCAGAAAUGCCAGUGCGUGCUGUGACCACCAGGUUCAUGUACAAGGGACUUUGCACUAUUCCAGAUGUCCUCACCUACCGGACCCCUGUUAACCUGCCUGAAGAUGAGGUGGAAGAGAUUCGUGAGGCUUUCAAAGUAUUUGACCGUGAUGGGAACGGCUUCAUCUCAAAGCAGGAGUUGGGGGUGGCCAUGCGCUCUCUGGGCUACAUGCCCAAUGAGGUGGAGCUGGAGGUUAUCAUCCAAAGACUUGAUAUGGAUGGUGAUGGUCAGGUUGGCUUUGAAGAAUUUGUCACGUUGCUUGGACCAAAACUCUCAGCUGCUGGAAUGCCUGAUAAGUUCAACGGAGCAGACUUUGAUUCUGUGUUUUGGAAGUGUGACAUGCAGAAAUUGACUGUCGAUGAGCUUAAGAGACUACUUUACGAUACUUUCCGUGACCACCUCACUAUGAAAGACAUUGAGAACAUCAUCAUGACUGAGGAGAACCACCUGAACAGUCCAGAGUCCCAUGUGGACAUUGAAACGAGCCCAACUCAACAGGAAAAACAUACAUGUGUGCGUAAAAGCCUGAUUUGUGCCUUCGCCAUUGCAUUCAUCAUCAGCGUUAUGCUCAUUGCAGCAAAUCAAAUGCUCCGCAGAGGAAUGAAGUAAAUAAAUGUUUCCAGCUGGUUGCAAAGGGAUUUAAGGAUGGACACUGAAAAAGCAAACGUUAAGCAAAAAUUUUUGCCGUUUUUGACUUUGUUCAAUGUUCUCAACAUUUUGGCCCCAAAGACAGUUGACUCGCAAGGACGCUAUCACGGCUUCUCUCUAUAAUGUACCUAAAUGAUGUCAUGCAAUGGUUCUGUAUGACCAGUAAUCACAGCAUACCGUGGCAAAAAAGUAAGACUAAAAGAAAGACAUUUCAAGGGCUGAUUAGUAUCCUAAAACAGUAGUGUCACACUGAUUCAAAUUUCUGAUGUUUUUUAUGAAAUUAGAUAGGACAGCAGACUGUGGAAGACUUAACGAUUCCAGUGUACAGUAUGUGCUAUAGUACUAGUUGUGCUGUUUCUAUCGAAACAAUUAAUAUUGUUGAUGAGCACCCCGCCAUUUGGAAUACACCCAAUACUGAUAGUAAUAAAGUAAUGAAAAAUGUUACUGGACUGCAUAUUAAGUAGUUUUAAAUCAUCUACCAAAAAACAUAUGGACAAGGACAUAAGGACUGGGUGCUGCAAAAUGUG